AUGAAGGAGAUUAUCCUUAGCAUGAAAGGAAGAAUAGAUGAACUCCUAAAGGACAAGGAGGAACUACAGAAGAAAACGAAGGAAAACAAACCGGACCAGAAAAAAGAUACACCCGAAAAGGAGAAAGAGAAAAACAAAAAAGAGAAGAAGGAAGCCCAAAAGGACAAGGACAACGAGGACAAAAAUAAGGCCAAUAAAAUCCUGACAACAGCCCCCGAGACGGACAAGGAGAAAAACGAAGACAACAAAACUACCAAGAGGACAAGAGCCCAAGUAGUAACAACCGAGACAGAAACGGACGACGAAGGUUUCCAAAAAGUGGAAACCAAAAAAAGCCGAAAAACCAAGAAGAGAACGACAAAUGAUUUAGAAGAAAUCAGAAUGGACGCGGAAACAACGUCCAUGGACAUGGAAACGACGUCCAUAACUGGCGUACCAGUCGUACCAACCAGAGAACGUAAAACUCCGGAGGUCCCAGUCUGGCCAACCCCCAGGCCAACCGAGGACAGGCCAAACGAACAAGGCGUAUCAGCAAGCGCGGAUACGAAUCCGAGACAGACAAACCCCAUGUCACCACCACCGAUAGUUGUCCACGACAGCAAACGAUGGAACGAGAUUUCCAAAGGCCUUGAAGCCCAAAAAAUCGGGUACAACAAGGCAAAGCUCACCAGGGAUGGAAUAUACAUCCAUACGAAUAACGAGGAAGAGUGGCGCAAAGCCACAAGAUACAUGGAGGAAUUCCGCCUGGAAUUCCACACCUUCACCUUGAAAAAAGAAAUCCCACUCCACGCAGUAAUCCGGGGGAUACCGGAGAACGUGGAGGAAGCGGACGUCGCGGCAGAAUAUUUAACAACGAUUAUAUAUAAGAGAGUGUUUGACAAGAUUUAA